AUGUCUUGCAGCAGCAGCAGCAGCAGCAGCAGCAGCAGCCAUAACGGCUGCAGCAAAAGAAGCAGCAGCAAGGGGACCCAGAGCUCUCUCAAGGACUUCUUCAGCCCCCACAACGGGGUCCCCAGCAGGGCCCCAUUGGGGGCCCCGGGGGCCCCUGGGGGCCCCCAUGGGGGCCCCCAGGGGGUCCCCCAGGGGGGCCCCCUGGGGGCCCCCAAUGGGGGCCCCAAAGGGGGGCCCCCCUCAGAAGUCAUUGACCUCACAGAGGGCCCCAAGGGGGGGGGGGGCCCUGGCCAGGGGGCCCCCCAGCCCCAUUUGCUGCCAGCCCGGAAGCGGACUCUGCCGUGGGAGCAGCAGCGCGCUGCAGCAGCAGCAGCAGCAGCAGGCGGUGCUGCCGGGCCCCUGCCAGCAGCAGCAGCAGCAGCAGAUCCUGUUGCUGCUGCAUGCGCUGCUGCAGGGCUUCCCCUAGCUGGCCUCGGCAGCAGGGCCCCAGCCACGCUGCGGCUGCUGCUGCCGCUGCGGCAGUGUGUUGCUGCUGCUGCUUCUCAUCUGCAGCAUUUGCUGCUGCCUGAAGAGCUGCAGUGCAUGCGCACUUUGGCGGCCCUUUUGGGGGCCCCUUGGCCUGCAGCAGCAGCAGCAGCAGCAGCAGCAGCGCCAGCAGCUGCUGCUGCAGCUAAAGGAGAGGCGGCGGCAGAAGCAGAAGCAGCAGCAGCAGGCACAGCAGUAACAGCAGACACACACACAGCAGCAACAGCAGCAGCAGCUGCAGGCACAGAUGCAGCAGCAACUGCAGACGCAAACAUAGCAGCAGCAGCAGCAGCAACAGCAGCAGCAGCAGACAUGCCUGCUGCUGCUGACGAAGCAGCAAACCAAAGCCCCCUCAGCGAGGGGGCCCAGCUGCUGCUGGCCCGCAUGCUGCUGCACCUGCUGCGUCUCAGUUUUGCUCCAGACCGCCCCCCUGCUGCAGCGCGGCGUGUCAGCCCCAGCAGCAGCAGCAGCAGCAGCAGCAGCAGCAGCAGCAGCCCCUGGAUUAGGCUGCCCCCGCUGCUUCGAGUGGCUCGAGAAGUGCCUCAUGCUGCUGCUGCGCUGCGAGAGCUCGUUGGCCGCGGGCUGCUGCUGCUGUGGACUCCCCAGACGCUGCCAGCAGCAGCAGCAGCAGCAGCAGCAGCAGCAGCAACGUGCGGCCGCUGCGCAGCAGCAGUAGACGGCGUUUGCGCAUGCAGCUGGGCCCCCGCGCUGCAGUGCCUUUCUGCUGCUGAAGUCAAAGCAGCAGCAGAAGGGGCCCUGGGGGCCCUGGGGGCCCUCAAGGAAGUGUGGGGCCCCCCGGGGAAGUUGAAGACCCGGGGAGAGACUGUCUCUUAUCUGCAGCAGCUAGCUGCUGGCCACAAGCCCAGCAGCAGCAGCAGCAGCAGCAGCAGCAGGAAGCUGGAGGAGUUCUUUGGGGCUGCCGUUUCGAAGGGCCCCGCGAAGCCUCGUGCUGCUGUUCCUGCUGCUGUUGCUGCUGCUAUUCGCAGCGUCCGGGAGGGCCUUGUGAGGGUCUGCUGCUGCUUGGGGAAGCUGCAGCAGCAGCAGCUGCUGCUGCGGUCGCUGCGGCUGCUGUUUGUUGCAGUGCAUGCGCCGCAUGCAGCAGCUCUGGGGCCCACAGCAGCAACAGCACCGGGCUACGUUGUUGCUGCUGCCGGCAACAUUGUGCUGCGCUGCUUGCAGCAGCAGCUGCAGCAGAAGCAGCAGCAGCAGCAGCGGCAGCAGCAGCAGCAGCAGGAGCUGCAGCAGCAGCAGCAGCAGCACGAGGAGGAGCUGCUGGCACUGGCCUGUGCUGCCAUGCUGCCCGCAGUCUACAGAGUCUCCCAUCUUGUAGACCUCGAGCUGAGGAAGCUGCCGCGGCCCCUGCAGCAGCAGCAGCAGCAGCAGCAGCAGCAGGGGCAGCCGCAGGUGUUUUAUGAGGUGAAGGCGCUGCUUCCAGGGGCAGCAGCAGCAGCAGACACCCAGGAAACACCAAACGGUAGCAGCAGCAGCAGCAGCAGCAGCAGCACUGGCACCGACGGCGACGCAGGCACCCACGCGGCCUGCGUGGCAAGCAGCAGCAGCAGCAACGGCAGCAGCAGCAACGACAGCAGCAGCAACAGCAGCAGCAGCAUUGACAGCAGAAGGCCAUCAGCAGCAGCAGGCGUUGCAGAAAGCACAGAUGCUCCAACUGCUGCAGGUGUGCCCCACUGUUUCCCUGCUGCAGCAGCAGCACCAGCAGCACCAGCAGCAGCAGCAACAGCUGCUGCUGCUGGCGCUGUUGUUGCUGCAGCAGCAGCAGCUAUGAAUGAAAGCGAGCAGUCUCGGUUGCUGCCGGUUUGGCGCUGCUGCUGCUGCUGCUGCGCGCACCAGCAGACCCUCGACGCAACAGCAGCAGCAGCAGCAACUCGAGAGCAGGUUGUCGAUUUUGCUGCUGCUCUUCUGGCGGAGCUGCGAAUGUCCUACGCAGCAAGUGAAGCAGCUAAACCCUCAGCAGCAGCAGCAGCAGCAACAGCAGCAGCAGCAGAGAAAGAGGCGCUGCAUCUAGCUGCUGUUGCGGAAGCCCUCCUGAGGCUCCACAUAAAAGAGAGGGAAGCAGCACUACAGCAGCAGCAGCAGCAGCAGCAGCAGCACCGGGAAACAGCAGCAAGCUGCAGCAGCUGCGUGAAAGACGAAGAUUGUGGGGCGCCCAAAAGCUGCAGAGAGACCCCACAAGCAGCAGCAGCCGCAGCAGUAGCAGCAGCAGCAAACAGUCCCGCAGCAGCAGCAGCUGCUGCAGCAGAGGUUUACCUGCUGCGGUUUCGCUCCCCUUAUGUUUUGGCUGCAGUGGUGUGGCAGUCUGUCCAGCUGCUGGAGCAGCAGCGGCAGUAUGCUGCUGCUGUUGAGCGGCUGCUGCUGCUGCUGCGGCUGCACGAGCUGUACACUUUCUCCCUCGCAGCAGCAGCAAGCCCAAAGCCACAAGACGACAAAGAGGCUGGCCUGCUGCACCCAAAGCAGCAGCAGCAGCAGCAGCAGCAGCAGCAGCAGCAGCGGAUCGGGGUGUACCAAAGCCGCGUGGGCAAGUGGUACAACCGGCUGACGGUGCUGCUGCUGCAGCACCUGCAGCAGCAGCAGCUAGCUGUUGUCCAGGGAGUUCGCUGCUUAAGAGAAGAAGCACUUUUGCGAAAAGCAGAAAAGCACGAGUUGGCUCGUCGGCUGAUCAAGGCUGCGGUGUCUGUACACCGCAAGGGCCUGGCAGCAAACUGGCAGCAGCUGCAGCAGCAAGCGCGGGAGCAGCAGCAGCAGCAGCAGCAGCAGCAGGUUUGCAUUGCCACCGACAGCAGCGAGUCAGACGCAGGCGGACACACAUCUUCCGGCGCCAGGCGGCGCCGCGACGCCAGCAGCAGCAGCAGCAACAGCAACAGCAGCAGCAGCAGCAGCAGCAGCAGCAGCGACAGCAGCAGCACAGAGCGCCCAGUAGCGCGCAGGGGAAGGCGAAGAAAUCUUCGCGGGCGUCUCCGCGCUCCCCCAAGUAAGCGGCGAAAAGCUGCAGAAGCAGCAGCAGCAGCAGCAGCAGCAAAUACCGGCAGCAGCAGCAGCAGCAGCGAGCCACGUGCGGGGACCGAGGAUAAGGAGCAGCAGGAGCAGCAGCAGGAGCAGCAGCACGAGUUUCUGGCGCUGCUGCCCCGCGACGUGCACGCGGCGGUGCUGGAGGAGUACAAGGAGCAGCAGCAGCUGCAGCAGCUGCUGCCGGUGUCAGUGGUGACUGCGCGGCCGCUAGCAGCAGCAGCAGCAGCAGGAAGAAGCAGCAUUUUUGUGGGCUGGGAUGGCCAGCUGCUGCGGGUGGAGCAGCUCGCGCUGCAGCACUAUUUCAUUUGCGGCAGCUGGCGUGGGGCCCACGACGAAGGUGCUGCGCUGCGUUCUCUGUUUCUAAUACUCACUGCAGCGCAGCAGCAGCAGCAGCAGCUGCUGCAGCAGCAGCAGCAGUUGCUGCAGCAGCAGCCGCAGCAGCAGCGGGCCGGCAGCGCCGCUGCGCAGCUUGCGCUCCCGAGUGAGAACGGACUGCAGCAGCUGCAGCAGCUGCCGCUGCUGCAGCAGGGAGAGGCAGCAGCAGCAGGUGCAGCAGCAACAAACAAUGGCGGCCUCGCUGUUGUGUUCCUGCCAGCAGCAGACCCAGCGGUCCAGCAGCUGCUGCUGCCGGAGCAGCAGCAGCUGCUGCAGCAGCUGCUGCAGCAGCUGCAGCGCAGCAGCCGCGCCGAAGUGCAUGCGCUCGUCAAGCGCGCUGUUGCUGCAGUGUACGGACAGCAAAUCCGUGGGGUCUGUUGGGUUUGGGAGGCGCGUGAAGAGGGGCAGUACGCAAUGGCAGACCAGCAGCAGCAGCAGCAGCAGCAGCAGCAGCAGCAGCGGGAGGAUAGACUGGGCAGCAGCCAGUUUGAUGCGGAGGGAGAAGAGGAGACGGAGGUAGAUUUCGAGGGCCUUGACAACGUGGACAUCGCGGUGCUGCCCUCGCAGCAGCAGCAGCAGCCGCAGCAGCAGCCGCAGCAGCAGCAGCAGCAGCAGCAGCAGCAAGGCAAAGCAGCAGACUGCGCCGAGUUCUACGCCCGAAUUGCUGCAGCUAUUGGGGGCCCCGCCCUCGCAGCAAUCUUUUCGCUUUUGGGCGAAGACUACAGAAGUUGGGCCCCUGGGCUUCCGGACCUCAUUCUCUGGAGACCUCGCCAGCAGCAGCAGCAGCAGCAACAGCAGCAGCAGCAGCAGCAACAGCAGCAGCAGGAGCAGGAGCAGCAGCAGCAGGAGCAGCAGCAGCAGCAGCGCGAAGCGCCGUCGAAGCAAGAGAAGCCGGAGGAGCAGGAGAAACCCCACAAUCAGCUCCGGGCAGGAGAGGCACAAGAAACCCAGCAGCAGCAGCAGCAACAGCAGCAGCAGCAGCAACAGCAGCAGCAGCAACAGCAGCAGCAGCAGCAGCAGCAGCAGAAAGAGCAAGACUGCUGCGCAGACUGGGAGGUGAUGCUGGUUGAGGUGAAGGGCCCCCGAGACUCUCUUUCAGACAAACAGAAGUGUUGGCUGCUGCGGCUGCUGUCGUUGGGCCUAAAGGCUGAAAUUUGCAAAGUGGCAGAGCCGGAGGUCACUGACCGCAUGCUGCAGCAGCAGCAGCAGCAGCAGCAGCAGCAGCAGCAGCAGCAGCAAAGGGAGCAGCACAGCGAGCAAGAAGCUCAGGAAGGGGAGGCUGGCGAGGCCCCUGCAUCUGCCAAGGCUGCUCGAGGGAGACACAGGAAGGCAGCAGCAGCAGCAGCAGCAGCAGCAGCAGCAGCAGCAAAGCGGCGGCAGCAAAAGGGCCCCAAGCCCAAACGGGGUGUACGUACACCGCAGCUCAGGACCCUCGCUAGCGAACCCGAUGCUGCUGCAAUUGCGCGGAUAGAGGGGGUCGGGCGUUAG